GCGCAGGCGCGGAAAAGGGGGCGGGGGACUCGGCUUGUUGUGUUGCUGCCGGAGAGCCGGAGACGGUCCUUGCUGCGGGGCCGCAGCUCUUCCAGCCUCCUGACAAUGUCGUCUCACUUAGUAGAACAGCCGCCGCCCCUGCACAACAACAACAAUAACUGUGAGGAAGGCGAACAGUCUCUGCCACCGCCUGCCGGCCUCAACAGUUCCUGGGUGGAGCUCCCCAUGAACAGCAGCAAUGGCAAUGAUAAUGGCAAUGGGAAGAAUGGGGGGCUAGAGCACGUGCCCUCCUCAUCCUCCAUCCACAAUGGGGACAUGGAGAAGAUUCUUCUGGACGCACAGCAUGAAUCCGGACAGAGCAGUUCAAGAGGCAGUUCUCAUUGCGACAGCCCUUCCCCACAAGAAGAUGGGCAGAUCAUGUUUGAUGUGGAAAUGCACACAAGCAAGGACCAUAGCUCUCAGUCAGAAGAAGAAGUUGCAGAAGGAGAAAAAGAAGUGGAUGCUCUGAAGAAAAGCGUAGACUGGGUGUCCGACUGGUCCAGUAGACCUGAAAACAUUCCACCCAAGGAGUUCCACUUCAGGCACCCUAAACGUUCCGUCUCCUUAAGCAUGAGGAAAAGUGGAGCCAUGAAGAAAGGGGGCAUCUUUUCCGCAGAGUUUCUUAAGGUGUUCAUUCCAUCUCUCUUCCUCUCCCAUGUUUUGGCUUUGGGGCUAGGCAUCUACAUUGGAAAACGACUGAGCACGCCUUCUGCCAGCACCUACUAAGGAAAGAGAAGAGUCCCCGGGCCAGCGUGUGACUUGUGAAGUGGUGUCUUGUCACAGUAGUUUAUUUGAACUUGAGACCAUUGUAAGCAUGACCCAACCUCCACCCUCUUUUUACAUAUCCAAGUUCCAGUAACUCUCAAAUCCAGUAUUUUAUUCCAACUCUGUUGAGGCAUUUUACUAAUAACCUCAUUCCCUUUUUGGCCUGUAAAACACUUUAGAAUUUCCUAAUAAGAGUUUACUGUCGUUUAGAAAUUUGCAAGGGCUUCUUUUCCGCAAACGCCACCAGCAGAUUGUAAUUUUGUCAAGAAUGCCAUUGUCUUCUCUCAGUACCACCAGAUCUAGGCCUGCACCAUUCAUGGUAUAAAUCUUCCUCUUGCAAGAUAACCCCACCUGUCUCUUCAAAUGAGACCAGGUUGCAAAUGAUAUGAAAGCUUUGUUGUUUUGUUUUUCAAGACAGAGGCAAGCUUCCCUAAGCUUGAAUUUAUAGUUAUGAAAAAAGAAAACAAAAACAAAUGAAACAGACAAAAUACAACACAAGGGAAAAAAAUAUCCUGGGCAAUAAAAAGUUAUUUUAAACCAGCUCUGGAGCCACUCUUUGUCUAAGCCUCUUAAUGGCGCCUUUUUAAUUUGUUGGAGGCAGGCUACGUAAAUGAUAGGUAUAAAGUACAAGAACUAGAAUACAUUAGCAGAUUUUAAUACUGGUAGGUUCUAAUGCUGUCUUUUCUAUAGUGUAGAAUCUUUAUUUCUGGUAAGGAAUGUCUCAGGCCUAGAAAUCUAUGAAAUUGCUUUGGGGGUUUGUGCGUGUGUGUGUGUGUGUGUGUGUAUGUGGUAUUUUUAUGUCUAUUAGCUGCAUGUGAAUUUUUCACGACUUGGAAUUUUCUUUCCUUUUUAAUUUUUUCCUCAGAGGCUUGGGAAUGAGUUCCAAUUUGUGGUAUAAAUACAGGCUUCUUGUUUUAGGAAGCAUCACUUACACUCUGAAGCCUUUCAGCUCUGAAGACAGUUGUCUCAGAGUUAUUUCAAGCUCUUGGGAAACUUGGAAAACCAGACCUGGGUUGUGGGAACAGUGGACAGAGCUCUGAAGAGAAGCCAUUGGUGUUCUCCUGCUCACUCCCUUUCUCGUGUGUACCACACAGCCUGCCUGACCGAUGCCUGUGAGUCCACAGGCGCCGGCCACUUCCUCCUCCCGCAGCCACCUUUCCAGCUCCGUUUGAGCUCCACAAGUCCCAGAACACUCAACAGCUUCCUCUCAUGAUACACUUCUGUGUUCGUUUCUCAGAUGUGAAGCUUUAGGACCAAAUUGUUAGAAAGCAUCAGUUACCAUUUAUUUCAAGGAGGUUUAUUGGCUCUCUGAACACACAGCAUGACUCUGAAGGGAUGCUGUUAUGUGUGUCAUAUAUAAAUAAUUACUGUUUGUAGUAUAGACGUUGAAUAUUUAGAGAACCACAGGGAAACCAGGUUGACUUGAACAAAAGCACUCUGAACCAUCAGGUUUGCUAGUUUGCAGAAACUGUCUUCUCUCUCACAUCAAGUUUUGUAAAGUUGAUGUGUUAUAGUGGAAAAUAAUGUGUAGCUUAAACAAAAAAAAAAAAUUAGUUUCUGAUCUCUUUAUUCAAGAAUACAUCUGGAUAUCUUUAAGGAAGACGGUGUAUCCAGGUAGUCUUCUGAACUCUUUGGCGUUUUCUUUCUAGUUUUUGUUGUCUGAGCAGUCUUGGCCGUCUGUUUAUUAGGCCUUGUUUCCGUGUCUUAUUCACAAAUCUGAUAACACCUGAUUUGCCUUCUAUAACCUAUUUAUUUCAAGUCUUCAUUUUUCUUUGGGAAGAAAGUACAUCUGCUGGCUUGUUGGACUUUGAAAAGCCUUGAAUAAAAUUGGAAAGGCCGGUAAACUUAAGUGAACUAAAGAGCUAAACUGUUCUGAUACACAGUUUGUAUUACAUGGAGUAUCAUGGGAGGGAAAAGUAAAAUUAGAGGAAAGCAAGUUUAUACAGACAACGCAGGACUCUCUUUUGAAAUUCAAUAGUAAUCCUAUCAGGAGUGUGAUUGAGUACAUUUGUGGGGUUUUUUUGUUUUGUUUGUUUUCCAACACUGAAAAUAAAUGUAGUUCUGCCCCUUUUCUUCAAAUAGCUGUGAAAUUUUGGACUAUUACUUAGAACAUGAAUACGCGAUCACAGUAGAACUUAAUCAUAAGAUGAAAUCAUGCAGUAUUUAUCAAUAAUCUUAACGUUUGGGAUAAAUGUUUAUGCUCCUCCCCAGAUUUGUUUUGAUUGGAGCCAGAUUGUGUGAUUGGAAAGGAGAAUUGGACAAUGAACAGUUGACAUGUUUUAAGAUCGUUUAAAAAGCUUUAUGCCUGUUCACAAUUUGGGGACAAAAAGGCAGGCUUCCUUUUCCUAUGUUUGAUGAAAACUGGCGUGAGAUAUUUGUAAAUAUAAUCAAGAGCAAAACUGCACAAACUUGCACAUUGACGAGUGCAGCAAGUUAUUCUGAUUGCAGUAAAAACAUUGACUCUUCUAAACAAUGAAAACUGAAGAUUUAGCCAGUCAGAUGAAUCUUCAAGUGAACCAGUUGUUGAAAUUAUUGGACUUAACUGAGCCAAAGUGAUUAUGCAUUCCUCAUCUAUUUAGUUAGCACUUUGUAUCAUUAUAUACAGUUUACAAUCCAUGUAUAACUUGUAGCAACAAACAUUUUGUGCUAUUAAAGCUAUCACAAAACUC